AUGGCCAACACAAAAUCUAUCUCAUUUGAUGAUAUCAUCAAGGCUGAUCGCCAGAAGAAAAAGCAAGAGGAACUCGCAAACCAACUCCUCGGAAAGAACCGCAGGUCAAGCGCUCCCGGAUCCGGCUCCGGUGCCAAUAGAAAAGAUACCAAAUCACAGACAGCGAAGCCGGGAAGCUUAGCAAGCCGGAUCGGAGUGGCCAAGCGCACUUCAUCUGCGACCGGAAAGGCUAGCAACACACCGUCGCCAUCGAAUGUCCGAUCGCGUGGAAAGGCAACCAAGGAUCGCGUGAACGCGGACCAGGUCCAGAGAGCCUUCAACUCGAACGGAAACCUGAACCAAACUCGUGGCGAUGCCCAAUACGCCAAUAAUCGCAACAACACUUUUUCUAUCAAGGGCGCGUCGGGUCCGUUCGUCGUGAUUGGUACGAACUUUGCGCCUGGGACCACCGCGGCGGAUAUCCAGUCUGCAUUUGAGCCCACCACAGGCCCAAUUCUCAGCUGCCGAAUUGUCGCCAAUAGUCCCGCCAUUGUUGCAGAAAUCACCUUCACAGAUAAAUCAACGGCCGAGUUGGCCGUGGCCAAUUUCCACAACCAGCGUGCGGAUGGAAGAAUUCUCAAAAUGAACCUCAAGUCAAACAGUACUCCCAAAGCUGCUCCCGCCGACCAGAAUCAUUUCGCUGCGCUGCGCGCUCAAGCUGAUCGCGAUCGAGUCCGGGCCCGCCGUGGCCAAGGCCAGCAACCCGACUUGCUGGCGCCACAAAACAACUCUCAAUCCGGCCUUUAUAGCGAUGAAAUGAUGGUCGAUGCGCCAGCGGAGAACACUCAGAAGAAAAACAACCAGCGAAGAGGGCGUCGUUGA